AUGGAUGUCUUUAUUUUCUGCAAAUACGUUGAAUAUCAGUUUAUCUGCGGGAGUUUUUGGUCAUGUUUGUGCUUGUCUUAAACCGUACAUUUUCUGUCAUCGGAUACUAUGGUGUAAAAUCGCCAUGUUCUAUUUGCGAUCAAAAUAUAGUUACAACAUUAUUUUAUCUUAACAUAAUUUAAGGUAAUUACAUUGUAAUAUUGAACAUAUGAAGUUACUGUGAAGCGUUAUCAGAAACACGUGUACAUACUGUGAAAUUUUAACAUGGACGCGUGUAUCUUUUAAUCACACAUGACCUACAUUUUCAAAUGUAAUUGAACGGACCUUUUCACAGAUUUUGGCAUUUAUUGAAGUUUGUCAUUAAAUGCUUUAUAUUGAUAAAUGUAAACAUUAGAUCUAAAAAGCUCCAGUAAAGAAAAUCAGAAUAAAUUUAAAGAAAUAAACAAAAGUAACCCCUAACUGGUCUCGAACCACUGACCCCUGAAGUAAAAGUCUAAUGCGUAGACCACUCGGUCAUUCGUGCUCAUACGUUUAAUAGUAACAAUGGCAGAAUUAUCAACAGAACAAGAUGCCAUAAAUGACGUGAAUGCAACAAACACGACAGACACUAAUUUGCCAAACGAAGUCGCUAGUAAAGGAAAAGAUGAAGGAACAUACGAAAGUGAAGGAGACCCAGCGCUUAACUUCAAAGAAUCAUUAAAACCGGAAGAAGAAUUAGUUUGUCAGCCAUGUAAAGAUGAGGGUAAAGUCCUUGUCGCAGACGGAUUCUGUGUGACGUGCGGUGAACAUCUUUGUGAAAUGUUUUUCAAAUAUCACACCGUACCAAGACUCUACCGCAAUCAUAUUCUACAAGAAAAACACGAGAUGCCAAGAGAAAUCUCUACUAAGAACGCUUGUUUGAAACCAUGCCAAAUGUGCACUUUUCACGAUCAUGAACUGCUUGUGUCGUUUUGUAACGACCACGAAAUGCUGUGUUGCAAUAAAUGUAUCGAACUUACGCAUCAAUUGUGUAAUGAUGUCGAGAGCAUAGAAUCGAAAUGCGAUAGUAUGGAAGAGGAUGAAGAACUACAGUCGUUCCUUGACGGAAUUAAUAAUUUGAAAACAGACUUUGAGGAAACGAGAUCAAAAGCACUGCGAAACAAAGAGGAGGUUGAAUGGUACUAUGAGCAGGCAGUGCAUGCUUUUGCACAAUGCAUUGACACGAACCGUCAAGCCGACCAGGAAAAAUUGACACAGAUAGUGGGUGAUUGCGACAAGGUAAUACUACGGUUAAGUGAUGCGAUUCAAGAAAUGAACGCCGCGCGUGAGAAUCAAAAACACAAUGAACUUUUUAUCAAAAUAACUUUAUUGAAGAAACAUAAAGAGAUAAUAAACACGAAUAUGACCGUGUUGAAUUCAAAGAAUAAUUACGAUCGAUAUUUUUUCCUAUCAAUUAAAACUGCACGAUUGUUUGGGCAGGUUUUACGAAUGUCAGUACCUGCAGACACUUUAGAACUCAUUGGGACCGAUUGUCAUCAAUUAAUAUUGUUUCCAAAGCAGAGACUGCUUAUUAUAAGCUCCUCAACUGUUACACUUUUGAAUUAUAGCACGAAAGAACGAAACCAGUUUGCUAGUUUGAAUGAUGCACAAUCAUUCAUUCAUUGUACUGAAAAAGAAAUUUUAAUCUUUGUGCCAAAGUCCGAAUAUUGGCAGAUCACGAAUGUGAAAAACAAUGGUAUUACCAAUUUCAAACAGGACUUUAAUAUUAAAAUUAUUUCAACUAAGACGAGCUAUGGUCUAAUACUUUAUAAUGGGGAAACGUUCACAGCUUUUUGUACCAAAGAGAUUGAUGAAGUUGCUGUUGUAGAAUUAGACGGAAAUGGAAAUGUUAAACGAUCUGUUAAUGACAAUAUUUCAACUCUGAUGACAAAUGGAGUCCGCUUUAUUGAACAGCCAGAGGGAGGAGUCUAUGACGAGGAAAAUGACGUAAUGUUCAUCACAGAUUAUCGAAAGGACUCGGUGUUUAAGAUGACCAAAGACGGAGAAUGUCACUGCAUAGUGAUUUCCGAAAGACUUGCCGGCCCUAAGGGAAUCGCUGUUUGUCGUGAUGGAACAUUAAUGGUGUGUUGUACACUGACCAAAUGUGUUGUCAAAGUCACAAAAGACGGAGAGAUUUACAGUUUCAUUGGUCCUCUGACGUUCGAACCAUUUGCCUUGGCGUAUGAUAAAGAGAACGCGUUGUUGUGCGUUGGCGAAUGCCAUUUGUUUGGGAACAGUGUGGUAGAGAGGUCAAAACAAAGUCGGGAAUAUCCAAACACAAAGCCACCCACGCACGGGAUGGAAAAUAUUUCUGUUGCGGCAAACCUUUUCUUGGAGAUUUAAGUAUUUUUGGAAGCACCUUCAAGAGACGUACUGAUAUCUUGAUCAAUGAAAAGUUGUCAUAUAUAGUUAAUGUUCAAAAGUUUAAAAGACUGUUUGUUUUGUUACCAGAUGGUGCAAGUAUUGCAAAGAAAACAAUCAAAGUAAACAUUAAAUACACAUUUGACAAUUCAACAAAUUGAACAACAUGUAUUGUUUAUUACUUGGUGCGGUGGUAACAAGAUCUUGCAGCCCCUUUCAUAACCGGGUCGAAUGAGUAUUUUCAUUAAACAUCUUACGCUAUUUUCAGUUAUUCAGAUUUCAUUUGAAAUUGAGCUCAUUAAGUAUUAAUACAAUUAAAUAUGUUUGUUGGUAUAAUAAACACCCAAAGCCAAGACGUUUUUGCGAUGAUCAUUUGUUACGAGUUAAUUAGAUCAUUUAUAUGUUUGUAUUGCAAGAUUUGUUACUUUGUGAAUAC